GGUUCCGAGACUGACUCUUACCCGCUGCCGACAAUUGACCAUGGUGUCUGUUACCCUCAACGCACCUGCAUUCUGGAACCGUGUUGGAAAAAUUUUGGAUGCAUGGGUGGAGGGGCCAAAUCAGCCUGAUUGGGCACCGCUUGGCGAGCUUGACGCGCUCCUCGUUCUUUCCGGGGAGUCUCCGACUGAAGACGAGCCAGUGAGGAAGUCUACUGCUUUCCAAUCAUGGUUACUAGGAGGCUACGAGUUUCCCAACUCAAUGAUACUCAUACAAAGGGAUGCCAUUACCAUGAUUUCGUCUCCCUCCCAGGCCCAGAUCCUUCAGCAACUCUCUGUAGAUGGAGCUAUUCUUCCCAUUAAGGUGAUUGCGAGAGCACGAGCCAAAGAACCGCCAAACAAUGCCAUGCCAGAACUUCUGGAGAAAAUGGCCUCAUCUAAAAGGAUCGGGCUUGCUAUCAAAGAGAAGCAUACUGGGAAGCUUGUGGAUGAGUGGGAAAAGCUGCUGGCUGAACCGGGGCGCAAGGAACAAUUUGAGUUCAUCGAAUGUGGCCCGAUCCUUUCCUCUGCUAUGGCAUCAAAGGACGAGGACGAGCUUAAACUCGUCCGAACAGCCUCUCAUCUUGCUUCAGCACUCUUGGCUCAUUCAUUCGUUCCGAAAUUGGAGACAAUUCUUGACAAUCAGAGUAAAAUUGCUCAUAUACGGUUGGCGGACUACAUUGAGAAUCGACUUGGUGCUCCUGACGGGUCCAAGGGUCCUGACAUGCGUGUCUUUAACAAGAGCAAACACUUGGGACCAGAUGUUGAUUAUAGCAUGGUCGAGGUCACUUACACACCUAUUAUCCAGUCAAGGAACACGAAAACGGGCUAUGAUCUAAAGCCUAGCGCUACAUCGAGUGAGGACAACAUGGCUGUCAGCGGAGUAAUCCUCUCCUCGAUCGGUGUCAAAUACAAAGCCUACUGUGCUCAGGUAGGACGGAGCUUCUUGGUUGACCCGACAAAAGAGCAAGACCAAAACUACACGUUCUUGCUGAGUCUACAACAAGAACUCCUGUCCAAGAUGCAUGAUGGUGCUGUGGCUAAGGAUGUGUAUGCCACGGCUGUCGAUUAUAUCAAAGCAAAGAUGCCUCAUCUCGAAAAGCAUUUUGUGAAGACAAUCGGCUUUGGAAUGGGAAUAGAGUUUCGUGACAGUUCAUGGCUUCUUAAUGCCAAGAACACCCGCACACUCCGUUCCGAUAUGAUCUUUUCAUUAUCCAUCGGUUUCCAAGACCUUGAGGACAAAGAGGGGAAAAAAUACGCUAUAGGUCUCACGGAUACCGUCAAAGUAACUGCAAAUUCAUCCGUAUGUCUUACUGAAGGCAGCAAAACUCCGACGGAAUACAUCUUCCGCUUCGAGGAUGAGCCAAAGGAGAAAGCCUCUUCCUCCAAGGCUCCUAAUAAGUCAGACAAGAAGGCUGUAAAGGCGGACCCCGAUGCAUCCCCGAAAACGAAGCCAUUGAAUGGGGUGACUGUAGGAAGCAAAAUCCUCCGUGGCAAGACCCGACAGCAGUUGCUUGAUCCAGAGGCCUCAAAAUCCGUCCAGGCCAAGAUUGCAGAUCAUCAGAGAGAGUUGCAUGCCCAAAGACAACAGGAAGGCCUCGCGAGGCAUGCUGGGGAGGAUGGGACCAAUACGGAGGAUAAUCGUAAAACUUGGAAGCGUUUCCAAAGCUACAAGGGAGAAGCAGGCCUACCGAAGGAGGCGGAGUCCCUCAGGAUCCAUGUUGACCGCAGGAACCAAACCAUCGUCGUACCCAUUAACGGAUUCGCUGUACCCUUCCAUAUAAAUACUUUGAAAACGUGCAGCAAAAGUGACGAAGGAGAGUACACUAUUUUACGACUCAAUUUCCAAAUUCCCGGUUCUCAUGCUGGCAAGAAGGAAGACGCGCCUUUUGAAGACCCUGAUGCUACAUUCAUCAAGUCUCUCGUAUACCGUAGCACUGAUGGCAAUAGGUUUGAAGCGUUGAACAAGGCCAUAUCUGAUUUACGCAAGGAAGCCACUAAGCGAGAGAACGAGCAGAAAGAGAUGGCUGAUGUCGUUCAGCAAGAUAAUUUAGUGGAAAUUCGAGGACGGAAACCGCUCAGGCUUCCAGACGUGUUUGCCCGCCCGGCUCUAGAUGGCAAACGCCUUGCAGGAGAGUUGGAAAUCCAUUCCAAUGGCGUCCGCUACAUCUCUCCUCUUGGCGGAAAAAUUGAUCUUCUCUUUAGCAACAUUAAACAUCUCUUCUUUCAACCUUGCGAUGGCGAAAUGUUGGUUAUCAUCCACUUCCAUUUGAAAUCCCCCAUCAUGAUUGGGAAGAAAAAAACAAAGGAUGUACAAGUUUAUCGGGAAGCAUCUGAUGUUCAGUUCGACGAGACUGGGAACCGUAAACGCAAGUAUCGUUACGGCGACGAGGAUGAGAUUGAGCUCGAACAAAGCGAAUUAAAGCGAAGGAAACAACUCAACAGGGAAUUCAAGCAUUUUGCUGAGAAGAUAGCGGAGGCGAGUGAUGACCAAUUAGAGGUCGACAUUCCAUUCAGAGAGCUUGCGUUCGAAGGUGUUCCCUAUCGUACAAACGUGAAGCUGCAGCCAACAACAGAGUGCAUCGUCCACCUCUCCGACCCUCCAUUUUUUGUUGUCACGCUUUCCGACAUUGAAGUUGCCUCCCUGGAGCGUGUGCAGUUUUCGCUUAAGCAGUUUGAUAUGGUCCUUAUUUUCCGUGAUUUUAACCGUCCACCGAUACAAAUAAAUUCCAUCCCGAGUUCCCAAUUGGACAAUGUCCGCGAAUGGCUUGAUUCGGUGGAAGUCCCCGUGGGAGAGAAUGCGGUCAAUUUAAAUUGGUCUCAAAUCAUGAAAACAAUCAAUGACAGUCCAUACGAAUUUUUCAAAGACGGUGGUUGGGCAUUUUUGACAGGUGGAAAUGCCUCCGAUGUGGAAGAGGAGGAAGUGGGGGAGGAAGAGAGCGAGUUUGAUGCAGAUGCAGCAGACUUUGCUUCAUCGUCGAGCGAAACUGACAGCACCGAGUAUUCAGAUGCAUCCGAUGACAGUGACGAGGACUUUGGCGCGGGGUCUGGGAGUGAGUCCGAAGGUCAAGACUGGGAUGAGCUCGAACGGAGAGCAGCCAGGGCAGAUCAGAAGCGAAAGGAAGAGAAGGGUGGUUUCGACUCUGACGAUUCCGCGAGGCCUAAGAAGAAGCCUGCGAAGGCUAACGCGAAGUCAAGACGCUGAUCACGCCCAGACUUCUUUUCACAUACCAAAUCCUUAUGUGUACUAAAUUGUUCCAAUUCCUCAUGUUUUGGUAUAUCUUAUCUUGAUCUCCUCACUGCAUGAAGAUGGACAUGGGUUCAUGUGCAACGCACAAUAAUUAUUGUCGAACAGAACUCUUCAUAUCAUCAGAAUAGAUCCAGUAAUGCUAGGACAUGGUUGGGAAUGCGAACGUCG